AUGUCAUUCGACGAGCCUGACCAUAUAAGGUCGAAAGACGCAGAACGCCCAUCCACCUUCCUCGCUUCAAUCAAGACAUGGAGAAAGACGGCAGGAACGCACCACCCCGGUGAAGCUUACUUCCGAGUUGAAAGAUUGACGGAUGUUAAACAAGAUGCAAAGGGUCACAUAAAGAUCAAAACCCACUGGACUCCGAUUUGGGUGCCUAUCCAGGAUCUCAGAGGGCAGGAGUCGUAUGAGGCAGCCAGAGAACUAAUUGUCCAAAAGUUCGGUGAAGAUGUAUGGACCAAGACAUCAGAAGGGUGGAAUGCUACGGAGCCAUUUGUGGAAGAUCGGAUUGAGUACGUUGCAGAUUAG